ACCAAUUCUACCAAACUUUGGUUACACGUAGAUUGUCCACUCGCGUCUCGCGAAGCAUGCAACACUAGUUUGUCGGGUAGCACCCAGUCGAAGAACCCAGGUGCAACAAUGGCGGACCAGAACGUGUUUGCUCUGCUCGGAGACGACGAGAAUGAGGACCCCCAGGUUCUGGCGGCUAAGGCCCCCAAGCCGGUGAAGAAGGAGGCCCCCAAGGAGGAGGUUAAGCCGGCCAAGGCUCCUGUUGCUAAGCAGGAGGCUCAGCGCGCCGAGAACGGCGGCCGCGGCGGCCGCGGGCGCGGAGAGGGCGGCCGGGGUCGGGGUGAGGGCCGUGGACGCGGUGGCCGUGGCCCUCGUCCCUUUGUGGAUCGCAAUGCUGCCCCUGCUGAGGGCGAGGCUCCCGUUAUGGAGCGCGCUGAGGGCGAGGCCGGCCGUGGUCGCGGUCCAAGGCCUGGCCGGGGUCGCGGUGGCCGCUUCUCUGGCGAGGGUCGCAACCCCAGGCGCGAGUAUGAGCGCCACGACGGUACUGGCCGCGGUCACGAGACCGAGAAGCGCCAGGGCGCCGGUCGCGGCAACUGGGGCAAGGAGGGCGACGAGGUCAAGGAGGCUCCCGAGGGCGAGGAGGUGAAGCCGACUGAGGAGGCUGCCCCCGCUGAGGAGGCCGCCCCCGCCGAGCCGGCCGCUGAGGAGCCCCCCAAGGAGGAGGAGAAGGAGAUGAGCCUGGAGGAGUACGAGGCUCUGCUGCUGGAGAAGAAGAAGGCGCUCAACAAGGCGGCCGAGUCCAAGAACGUGGACCCCAACGCCGAGCUGAAGGGCCUGAAGGUCUUCACCAAGCAGUCGACCGAGGCGCAGGGUCUGGAUCUGGCUGCUGUUGAGAAGAAGAGGGCCGAGGCCGAGAAGGCGGCCAAGGAGUCUGCUGCCAAGACCAAGGUGGUGCUUGAGACUGGCUUCAGCUACGCGAGCGGCGAGGCUGGCCGUGGCGAGCGCGGCGGACGCGGUGGCCGUGGCGGCCGUGGUGGCCGCGGCGGCGAGCGCGGCGAGCGCAGCGGCGACCGCCCCCAGAGCGCCCGCGGCGGCCGCGGCAGCGGUGCUGGCCGCGGUGCCGGUGGCCGUGGCGCCGGCCGUGGUGCUGCCCCCGCUAUGGACGAGAGCCACUUCCCGGCUCUGUCGUAAGCAGCGGCUGUAACAGCUCUGUCGGUGCGCUGUCGUACGGCAGUCGUUGAGCGGCGAGGGCUUUGCCGCCGGCACAGCAACUGGCAGCAGCAGAAGCAGCGUCUCCAAGCGCGGAUCUGAGCAGCAGUGAUGGGACUGAGCAGCAGCACUUCAGCAGUGGUUACCGGCAGCAACAGCAGCAAGGCGAUGAAAAGCAGUUUGGUGUGCAGUCAAGCUGCCAACCUACCUUCCUCGCUAGCGAGCUGGUCGGGCUUCAUGGCAACUUGACGCGCAUUGAUGUGGGCGCGUGUGUGUUAGAUGGGUUCGGAUUGUGCAGGGAAGGGGUUUUCCGCGGGUCUAUGCCCUGCAGGGACGGCCAUUUCUUGUAGGCGUGAGACGUGUUUGCCCUCACACAAAGUGUCGUACCGCAGAGUACUUAAUUCCCUGCGGCUUCUGACACAAGAGGCAGCGCCUGGUAACAUGGCGCGUGACCCACGAUUUUGCCUAGUGUUGCCGGGCCCAACGGCUGGAAACCGUAGUAUGUACCGUGUUAGGUGUGCGUUGCUGUCGUACGCGAACUAUGCGGCUCAUGCGUCGAGUGAUGCAGGCCUGCUCCGUGUCGCUGCUGAUAUUGCUAAGUUGCUGACCCGUCCGAAGAUGUCUGCAUGUUAUCAAGAAGUAUUUCUC